GUCACUUUAAGGAUGUUUAAACAGCGGCAAAUUCAAUCAGAAGAGAUUCCAGUGGGGUACCAGUACCUGUCUGAGAUCUGCAAACCAUACAAAGCGGGUGAGAAAUACCUGGAAUUCAUUCAGGCUCUGCAGAAGAAAGAGAUUCAUCUGGAAGUGUUUGAAUUUGAGCCACACGCUUCCAGGGGGCAGAGGUCCCCUCCCAGCAACAAAAAGAAGGUGGCAUUGCACUACACCACAGCCUCUUCCACAGCAAAAGACACGAGCACGCCACAAGAUACCUCCAGAAAGCAGCUCUCCACAGAGAGUACAAACAAAUCCCUCUGCAGCGACACGGAAAGCCUCAGUGGGAGCUGUGAAUCCCGCUCCCUGGACUCUCCCAAUUCCAGCCCAGGAAAUUCAAAUAGGAAGUUGUUGAAGGCUCCAUCCACUGGCACCAUGUCCUCCUCAGAUGAUUUUGAAGAGAGAGAUUCCUUGCAGGCUUUUGAGAACGAAAAUGGGACAUCCCAGCAGCAGUUUAAGAACAUCCUCCUCUCCAGCGCCGCGCAGACACACCGGCUCCGGAAACUACGAGGACCAUCCAAGUGCAGGGAGUGUGAUACCUUCAUGGUCAGCGGCUUCGAGUGCGAGGAGUGCUGCUUGGCCUGCCACAAGAAGUGUCUCGAGAACCUGCUCAUCACCUGUGGCCACAAGAAGUUGCCCAACAGGGUGUCUCUUUUUGGCAUUGACUUCACGCAAGUUCCUCGAGAUUUCCCAGAGGAAGUUCCCUUCAUAGUGGUGAAAUGCACCUCGGAAAUUGAAGCUCGUGCCCUGGGGGUGCAGGGGAUCUAUCGGAUAAGCGGAUCCAAAGCCCGAGUGGAAAAGCUGUGCCAGGCGUUUGAGAACGGACGGAGCCUGGUGGAACUCUCCGAGCACUCCCCCCACGAUAUCACCGGGGUCUUGAAGCAUUUCCUGAAGGAACUUUCGGCACCGGUGCUGCUGUCCCAGCUCUACAACGAUCUCAUUGCGCUCGCCAAAGAUUUACAAAAGCCUGCGGAAGAAAAGUUGGACUGUACAGUUUCCCCUUCUGAUCCCAUCCAGAACAUGAAGGACUUGCUGAGUAAAUUACCUGGAAGCAACUACAACACUCUGAGGCACCUGAUCGCACACUUGUACAGGGUGGCAGAGAAAUACGAAGAGAACAAGAUGUCCCCAAACAACCUGGGCAUAGUAUUUGGGCCAACUCUGAUCCGGCCAGGCUCAGGGAACGAUGUCUCAAUGUCAUGCCUUGUUGACUCUGGGUAUCAAGCUCAAAUUGUGGAAUUUCUCAUUCAGAACUACGAGAGGGUGUUUGGGAUGGAUGACCUGCCUUCAUCCUUAUCCCUUGGAUGUGAAAAUCCUUCGCAAGAAACAUCGACAGAGAAGGAUGAAGGACCUCAGAGCCCAAACACAAUCCAGAAUAUAACUCUAGAGAAUUUCUCCUCCAAGCAGGGUUUAAACGCCGACUGUCUCUCUGAUAACGCGUUUUCCAGGGAAGCCAUCAAUGAGCUGACUCUGGAGGGAGCCCACAGUCCGUUAAGCACAGACUCUUUAGAGAUGAAUACAAGUAUUGGCUCUGAGCUGGAGGACCUGGAUGACUCUGUGCAAGAAAAGACAGACAGUGAUUCAGACACGAUCGUAGGGACCCAACCCAGAUGUCAUUUCAGUCGCCAACCUGUCAAAUAUAUUAGAACACAGGUGAAAACGAAGCCAGUCAUUCCCAAAUCUUCCAAUCUGCCCUUGAGGACUGCCACCACGUUAGCUAAUGAAGCAGCAGAGUCUGGUGCAGAAGACAACCCCACUGACAGCAGCUCCACGACCACGAACAUCCUGGAGGAGAGCACGAGGAGCAGGAACAGCUCAACAGACACGAACACACUGAAGCAGCGCUCGGGAGGGAGACAACAGCUCAAACAUUUUGAGAUGACGCAAGAAACCGCCAGGAUUGUCUCCAAGUUUAAAGUCAGUGACACGUCUGAGCCUUGUCUGGAGAGUGUGGGAUCUCCUGAGAAAGCAGAGGACCUCAACCCAGGGACAUACCUAUAGAAAAAAAACCCUAAAGGUACCAGAUAA